AUGUCUUUUAUUUGCUGUAUUUCUAACCACGUCGAUGACAGUUCACAAUGGAGGACCAGCAUUGUGCUCAUGGCCUGUACAGGUGCUCUGCUCACCGUCCUGUAUGGAGUCUGGAAUCUCUUUGCGUUGUUCGGUUUUUCACAAAUCCCCCGGAGACUCGAGGUCCCUUAUUUGCCCUCCAGCAAAGAUUAGACACUGAAUAUUAUGAAGCUGCUUGAGGGACGAAUGGGUCGCUUUGCAGAUCCUGAAAAGCUGUUUGGUUCCCAGGUGUUUGCAGCCUCUUCUGCCGGCUUCCAGUGCACAGGCUUUGAGAUAAACUCCAUAUUAAUGGCGUAUGCCAGGAGCAAGGCCCGCUGGACCGAAGCGCCCCCCGGCCAAGCAACCUUUGUUAACAAAGACUUCUGGAAGACUGAUUUGUCUUUGUACAACAAUGUGACAGCUUUCCUUGCUCCAGGAGUGAUGGAGGAUCUGAGGGAGAAGCUGUUGAAAGAGCUUGCGGAUGACGGGUGUGUCAUCGCUUGUCGUUUUCCUUUCCCCAACUGGCCUCAUCGAUCGUCUGUCGGCUCCGGUCUCGACGAGACUUUUUCUUAUGACAUGGGCACAGUGCGCUCACACCUGAGAAACGUACCAGAUACACCGGUGUGA